UUUUAUGAAAAAUCGCAACUAACACUGCCUUGUAACACCGUAGACGGUUAGUUAGCUUUGGACUGGUAGCAACCUCCCCUUAUAAAAUGCCGUUUCAUUUCUCCCACACUCGCAGCCUCGCAGGAUGCAAUUUGGAGGGAGGAGAUACGAGAAAAUGGAGAAACUGACUUUUUGUUUUGUGUUGCUUCUUUCUCUUAUCGCGUUAUCUCGCGCGAGAUUCCCUGACGACCUUCAACUCCCUCUCCCGAGAUCGACUUUCCCGUCCGUUCAGGCUGGGAAGCUUAUCCGGGAGCUUAACCUCUUCCCGGCGAAGGACGUCAACAUCUUACGCGAUGCCGAUGCUCCUCUUCUUGAUGGAAGGAAGAGAAUCGUCGAGAAGCGGUUUAGGUUUCCGAAUGUCGUUGAUGACGAGUAUAGCGGAGUUUCUGUGGACGAUUUGGGCCACCAUGCCGGUUACUAUAAGAUUGCGAACUCCCACGCAGCGAGUAUGUUUUAUUUCUUCUUUGAAUCGCGCAACAGCAGGAAGGACCCUGUUGUUAUUUGGUUAACCGGAGGACCAGGGUGCAGCAGUGAGUUGGCUAUGUUUUAUGAAAAUGGUCCUUUUACUAUUGCAGACAACAUGUCUCUUGUAUGGAAUCCAUAUGGUUGGGACAAGGCAUCAAAUCUUCUGUAUGUUGACCAACCUAUUGGGACUGGGUUCAGUUAUAGUUCUGAUAUGCGUGAUAUUCGACACAAUGAGCAAGGAGUUAGUAAUGACCUGUAUGACUUCUUACAGGCCUUCUUUGCAGAACAUCCUGAAUUUGUCAAUAAUGACUUCUAUAUAACUGGAGAAUCAUAUGCUGGACACUAUAUUCCUGCUUUGGCUGCUCGAGUUCACAAGGGAAACAAAGCUAAAGAAGGGAUUCAUAUAAACCUCAAGGGAUUUGCCAUUGGAAAUGGGCUUACAGAUCCUGCAAUCCAAUAUGCAGCUUACGCAGAUUACGCAUUGGAUAUGGGAUUAAUUGAAAAAUCUGAUCACGAUCGUAUCAAUAAGGUGCUUCCAGUGUGUGAAAUGGCAAUCAAGCUUUGUGGUACUGAUGGCACAGUCUCAUGCAUGGCCUCUUAUUUUGUUUGCAAUGGUAUAUUCAAUAGCAUCUUGUCACGUGCUGGUGAUAUAAAUUACUAUGAUAUCAGAAAGAAAUGUGAGGGGAGCCUCUGCUAUGACUUCUCGAACUUGGAGAAAUUUCUGAACCUGAAACCAGUUAGGGAUUCGCUUGGUGUUGGGGACAUAAGCUUUGUAUCCUGUAGCCCUACAGUUUAUCAGGCCAUGCUGAUGGACUGGAUGAGGAAUCUUGAAGCUGGCAUUCCUGCUCUCCUUGAGGAUGGAAUCAAGUUGCUUGUGUAUGCUGGAGAAUAUGAUCUUAUCUGCAACUGGCUCGGGAAUUCAAAAUGGGUUCAUGCUAUGGAGUGGUCUGGUCAGAAAAGUUUUGUGGCAUCACCUGAACUUCCUUUUGAAGUUGAUGGUUCAGAAGCCGGAGUAUUGAGAAGCCAUGGGCCUCUCGCCUUCCUCAAGGUCCAUGAUGCAGGACACAUGGUUCCUAUGGACCAGCCCAAGGCUGCAUUAGAGAUGCUGAAGAGGUGGACCCAAGGAAAACUGUCUCAAGGCGCAGCUGAACCUCAAAAACUGGUUUCUGAUAUGUGAUCCACUGUUAGUUGGCAUUUAAGAACUAAAUGUAUGUGGUUUCCUUGAUUUUUCAAUGUGGUUGUAAAUAUUUGCUACUGGUUCAAACAGACUUGUAGAUGAUGUCUGUUACUGGAUAAGAAAUACACGCUUGAAUCAAAGGGAAUUGUUUUUGCCCA